CUUCAGGUGAAGGGGGUGUCUAUGGACUUCUGGUUAAAGUUGUCAAUCAGAGCGGCUCCGAGGUAAUCCAGAAGUCAGGAUGUCUCUUCUUGACAGUCAGAGUCUCUACAACAAACGCCACCAUCUUGAAGAUCACCAGCCCAGACAAUCUGAAGAUCCUGGUGAAGACAAAGUACACAAGUAAUGUCAACUACUUUGAUAAG